AUGCUGUACCUCGUCGGCCUCGGUCUGUCUGACGAAACCGACAUCACCGUAAAGGGUCUCGAGGUCGUCAAGAAGGCCUCUAGGGUCUACCUCGAAGCCUACACCAGCAUCCUCCUCGUUGACAAGGCCGUCUUGGAGAGUUACUAUGGCCGCGACAUCGUAGUCGCCGACCGCGAAAUGGUCGAGUCCAACAGCGACGAGAUCCUCCGCGACGCCCAAACCGAAGAUGUCGCCUUUUGCGUCGUCGGCGACCCCUUUGGCGCCACGACGCACACCGACCUCGUCCUGCGCGCCCGCGAGCUCGGCAUCCCCGUCCGCACCGUUCCCAACGCCUCCAUCAUGUCCGGUAUCGGCGCCACGGGUUUGCAGCUGUACAAUUUUGGCCAGACCGUCUCCAUGGUCUUCUUCACCGAGACCUGGAAGCCUGCGUCCUUCUACGACCGCAUCAAGGAGAAUCGCGAUGUUGGUCUGCACACGCUUGUGCUGCUCGACAUCAAGGUCAAGGAGCAGAGCCUCGAGGACAUGGCCCGCGGCCGCAGGGUCUACCAGCCGCCGCGCUACAUGACCGUCGGCCAGUGCGCCGCACAGAUGCUCGAGAUCGAGGAAGAGAAGCAGGAAGGUGUUUACACCGCCGACAGCCUGGCCAUCGGAGCGGCGCGCGUGGGCGGCAAGACCGAAAAGUUUGUCGCCGGCACAUUGAAGGAGCUAUGCGACACGGACGAAGCACUGGGAGGCCCGUUGCACAGCAUGGUACUGCUUGGCAGAAGGGCGCACGAGCUGGAGCGUGAUUACAUCCGCGAAUUUGCUGUCAACAAGGAGACUUUUGAUAAAAGCUGGAACGCAGAGUAUGGGAAGCAAUAG